GAAACGCUUAUUAAUGCCGAGCAACAACACAUGCUUGCAUCAAAGCCCCAGUAGCUAAGCUAACAGUAGUGUGAAGUAACAUCACAGUAUCGCACAGACACAGCAGCUAAUCACUUGGCCGGCCGACCAUGAGUACGGCCAUUAUCAUCGUCUCCACCACCACCUCCUCCUCCUUCUUCUUCUUCCUCCUCCUCAUGAUCACUACCGGCGGCGGCUGCAAACCGCGGGAGAGAGACGCUCUGCUGGCGUUCAAGGAAGGCAUCGUCAAGGAUCCUGCAGGCCUCCUCUCCUCCUGGCAAAGAGGAGGCCACUAUGAUGAUGAUGAUGAUCAGCUGCUGGAAGAGGAUUGUUGCCAAUGGAGAGGCGUCCGGUGCAGCAACCUCACCGGCCAUGUCGUCAAGCUCAACCUCCGAAACGAUUACGCCGACGUUGGAACAGGUCUGGUUGGCGAGAUAGGCCAUUCUCUGAUCUCGCUGGAGCAUCUCAGGUACCUUGAUCUCAGCAUGAACAACCUGGCAGGUCCAACUGGACAUGUCCCUGAGUUCUUGGGCUCUUUCAGAAGCUUGAGAUAUCUGAAUCUAUCUGGUAUAGUGUUCUCCGGCAUGGUGCCACCUCAGCUCGGUAAGCUUUCAAAUCUGAAAUUUCUCGACUUCUCCGGGAUGUUGCCCUCCAGCAUGGCUCCAUUUCUGUACAUUAGUGAUGCUUCAUGGUUAGCACACUUGUCCAAUUUGCAAUAUCUGAACCUUAACGGGGUAAACCUUAGCACAGUACUCGAUUGGCCUCAUGUUCUGAAUAUGAUCCCUUCUCUGAAGUUCCUUAGCCUUUCUUCUUGCUCACUUCAGAGUGCAAAUCAGUAUCCCACACAGAUUAACCUCAGGCAACUUGAGAUACUUGAUCUUUCCAACAAUUAUGAACUUAGUGACCAAGCUGAAUCUAGUUGGAUUUGGAGCUUGACAUCCCUCAAGUAUCUCAAUCUUAGUUCGACUAGUUUGUAUGGUGAGAUCCCACAAGCACUAGGAAACAUGCUGUCCCUCCAAGUUCUUGAUUUCUCGUACAACAUGAGUGUUUCGAAGAAAGGUAACAUGUGCAUCAUGAAGGCAAACUUGAAGAAUCUGUGCAAUUUGGAAGUUCUUGACCUUGAUUAUAGACUGGCAUAUGGAGAGAUUUCAGAAAUAUUUGAGAGUUUACCACAGUGUUCACCCAACAAACUGAAGGAACUUCAUUUGGCUAAUAACAAUUUGACUGGGAAUUUACCAAAAUUGGUAGGGAGGCUAACAAGCUUAGUCACUCUUGACCUCUUUAAUAAUAACAUCACUGGACAAGUGCCUUCUGAGAUAGGUAUGCUCACAAAUUUGACAAACUUGUACCUCCAUUACAAUUGCCUGGAUGGUGUCAUCACAGAGGAGCACUUUGCCAAUCUAACGAGCUUGAAGUCGAUAUAUUUGUGUUAUAAUUACUUGGAGAUUGUAGUGGAUCCUGAAUGGUUACCUCCCUUCAGAUUAGAGAAGGCAUACUUUGCAUCUACUUCGAUGGGUCCCUCAUUUCCCUCAUGGCUUCAAUCACAAGUCGAUAUUCUUGAACUUGCUAUGAGCGAUGCUGGAAUAAAUGAUACAUUUCCAGACUGGUUCUCUACAACAUUUUCGAAGGCCACGUUUUUGGAGAUGUCGCAGAAUCAAAUUGCUGGAGGCUUGCCAACAAAUAUGGAAAACAUGUCAUUGGAAAAAUUAUAUUUGGACUGCAACCACAUAGCUGAUCGAAUUCCUCGGAUGCCGAGAAACCUUAUGCUACUAGAUAUAUCAUAUAACCUUAUCAGUGGUGAUGUUCCACAGUCUAUUUGUGAAUUGCAGAAAUUAAAUGGCCUUGACUUGUCCAAUAAUCUACUCGAGGGCGAGUUCCCUCAAUGUUCUCUAAUGAGCAGGGUAUCAUUUUUUCGUGCAAGUAACAAUAGUUUUUCUGGCAACUUCCCAUCUUUUUUACAGGGUUGGACAAAGUUAAGUUUCCUUGAUCUGUCAUGGAAUAAAUUCUCUGGGACUUUGCCUACAUGGAUUGGAAACUUUAACAAGCUAGAAUUUCUGCAGCUUAAGCACAAUAUGUUCUCUGGAAGUAUUCCUGACAGCAUCACCAACCUUGGAAAGCUUUCUCAUUUGGAUCUAGCCAGCAAUGGUUUAUCAGGUCCCCUGCCUCAGCAUUUGUCAAAUUUAACAGGAAUGAUGAUAAACCAUGAUACCACAAAAUAUGAAGAGAGACUAUCUGGAUGUGACUACAAAUCUUUUGUGAACAUGAAGGGACAGGAACUACAAUACAACCAAGAAAAAGUAACAGUUGUGACAAUUGACUUGUCUUCAAAUUUUUUGACUGGUGUAAUUCCUGAAGGCAUAGUUUCUCUUGACGGAAUUAUAAAUUUGAAUUUGUCAUGGAACAAUUUGAAUGGAAAAAUUCCAUACAUGAUUGGGGCCAUCAAGUCAUUGGAAUCACUCGACCUCUCGAAGAACAAUUUCUAUGGUGAAAUCCCACAAAGCCUAUCUGAUUUAACAUAUUUAAGUUAUUUGAACCUAUCUUAUAACAAUCUUACUGGAAGAGUACCAUCAGGGACACAACUUUGUAGCCUCUAUGACCAAAACCAUCAUCUGUAUGACGGCAAUGAUGGUCUUUGUGGGCCACCUCUCCAAAAAAGUUGUUAUAAGUAUGAUGCCUCAAAGCAAGGUUACCAGAUCAGAAGCAAACAAGGUUUUCACAUAGGGUCAUUUUCCAUUGGAGUUACAGUGGGAUUUAUGGCAGGCCUAUGGGUGGUUUUCUAUAUUCUUUUGUUCAAGAAAUCCUGGAGGAUUGCUUACUUUUGCUUCUUGGACAAUAUGUAUGAUGAGGUUUAUGUGAAGGUGAUUGUUGUCUGGGCAAAGUUGACAGGAAGAACAGAUGAAAGAUUGCGAAUGUCGCAGGUCGCAUGGUCAUCCAUCGACUCUGACGAAUACUAUGAAUAGACGAAGACAAAGAAGCUGGAGCAGGUCUACAACACUCUUAGUUGGGUUGUAUAUUUUGUCAUAGAUGGAACUUAUUAGAACAAGUAUCCUAAAUGCAUAUGAUGCAUUGAUCCACAUUGAUGUAUAUAUUAUUGUAUCUGUUUGUACUAGAAGAGUUGUGUAGUGUCUCAGAAAUGACCCUUCAUACUGAACUCAGUUUAGCUCUGUUCUGAAUUUUGUCAAACAGCUACAGUAACCUGACGAGGGAUGAAAACAAAAUAGGUAUAUUCAUCA